AUGCAGAAAAUGUCGUCACAUAUGAGUUCGAAUUACAAUUCCACCUCUUCAGUUCAAUUAUCCGUUGUUUUAACAUCAAAAUCGUAUAUUGACGAGGCGAUUGAAAAUCUUUCGUUAAACAAUUCUUUAAUCUUAAUAGUUGAUUAUGGAUCAGCACAUGGUCUGAAUUCGUCUCAAGCAAUGAAUAUGAUCGUUAAUUCAUUAAAAGAAAAAUCUAAAAUCAGUGAAAAUCAUUCCAUACUUGUGAUUCAUAAUGAUUUGCCUAAUAAUGAUUGGUUUUCAUUAUUUAAUAUUCUAAAUUCGAAUUCCACUUCAUACUUUGCUUUGGGCAGUGGAAAAUCGUUUUAUGAACAAUGUUUUCCCUCGCAUAGCAUUUCCAUCGGAUAUUCAUCUUCAUCAUUGCAUUGGCUUUCAAAACAACCAUGUCAAUUGAGAAAUCAUUGUUGUUCAGCUUACUUAUUAGAAAAUGAUCCUGAUUAUUUACAAUUUGCUCAACAAUCUUAUGAGGAUUAUUCACAGUUUCUAAAAUAUCGUUCGAAUGAAUUAAUUCAAGGUGGAAUUCUGAUUUUAUCGAUUCCAUCAUGGCAUAAACAUUCAGAUUUAGUUGAUAAUUCAUCGUUUAUGCAUAUAAAUCUUCUUUAUCAAUGUGCACAAUAUUAUUUAACAUCAGAAGAAUUAUUACAUUUUACAAUUCCAAUUCACGUUCGAUUCUUUCAUCAAUGUGUGGAUGAUGAACUUUUUCAAAAAUAUUCUCUCCGAUUAAUUAAAUGUGAACAUGUGGUUAUUCAAUCAAAUUUACUUGAACAAUUAAAUCAAGGUCAAAUCAACGUAGAGCAAUUUGCGCAUCAGAGAGCGUUAAUCAUGAAAACUUGGACGAAUGUUUCCUUAGAAAAUGCUCUGAAAGGUAAUCAAGAAAGAAAGGAAAUUACGAAUCAUAUUUGGACAAUGUACGAAGAUAAAAUAAAAGAACAACCACAAUUGCAUAACAAUCCAAUGCAAUCGACUUAUAUUAUUUUGAAAAAAAUUUAG